AUGACGUCCAUAGUAUCCGAUAACAAGCCCGAGUUCAAGCCCCCGGCCGGCUUCAACGAGAUGUCGGACCAGGAGAAGAAGCAGACGUACAUGGAGUGGGCCAAGGAGAAGUACGCUGAGCAGUACGAGAACUGGGUGCCAUGGAUCGAGGACACCUUCCUCAAGUGGUUCACCAAGGACAACAAGGCCAGCUACGCGACCAAGGAUACUCUUGACAAGACCAAGGUGACGGGCAUCCAACAGGUCGACACCCUGCAGGACGGCGUGCACAACCUGGCUGCGGGCCAGGUGGGCCAGGGCGGCCUGCUGCAACCCCUCGGCGACAUGGUGUCCAAGGAGGGCAUCAACCGGUCCGAGCGACAGGGCAAGGACGACAAGGGCGGCUACCUGCCGACGAACUUGCCCUCGAUUCCCGGCCUCGGCGGCUUGGGCGGAAAGUAA